CGAAAUUCGAAUUUUACUACUUGGACUCGACAAUGCAGGCAAGACAAGUAUUCUAAAGCAGUUGUCAGCGGAGGAAAUCACAAAUGUGACGCCAACGCGAGGAUUUAACGUGAAAAGUGUUGUGACGAAUGGAGAUAUCCGGCUGAAUAUAGUUAAAACCGAGUUUGAGACACGCACAACUGAGUCCUUCAUCCUUAAAUAUCUCAAUCAAUUUGACCAUUGUUUCAGUCGAGUUCCCGUACUAAUAUUCGCGAAUAAGCAAGAUCUGGUCUCGUCUGCGCCAGCGUCAGAAAUUUCAAAACGGCUGAAGCUCACGGAGAUCCGUGAUCGCGUGUGGCAAAUACAAGGGUGCUCAGCUCUAACCAAUGAAGGAGUCUCGGAAGGCAUCAAAUGGGUGGCCGAAACGAUCAAGUCAAAAUGAAA